UUUCUUUACUCUUGUCAACAAAAGAACACUGGACUGCUAGAUCUAGAUCGUGAUCUACGGUAAUCAUUUGUGAUAAAUUGGAUACAUGUAUAGAUAACAGUCCUUAACUGAGUUCUAGUGUCUUUAGCCUUGCUUUUUAUUAUAAUCAUAUCGGGUCUUGUGGCAAUGAAUCAAUUAUUGUGUUUUAUCCAAAAAUACUUAAACGACUAGACUAGGUGUGAUUAUCUGCGUUACAUAUUUUACUUCUGUUAGUAUUGACAACACUGAACAGAUUCAAGGAUGAAACCUAAUAGAACCAAUUGAUGUAUGGCAAAUUAUUUUAAAAAGCACUCGCUUUAAUCUAAGUGUUCUUUCACUUUAAAUAAAGGCUAUUCAUACAUAAGUAUGUUUCUGAUAUGUUAAAACUUUGACCCAAUGCUUUUGGAAAUCUAAAUACACUUUCAACAGUCUGCAUAUCGUCUCGGCUUCACGACAAAGAUGCUCCAGGAGUAUCUUCUCAAAAUUGUCAUUAUUGGUCACGAAGGAGUGGGCAAGACGUCCCUUCUCUUGCGCUAUACAGACGAACAGUUUCAAGAACAUUACACCACAACCAUAGGAGUGGAUUUCAAGAUUAAGAACGUAACGAGGGACGACUAUCUGGCCUCACUGCAACUCUGGGACACCGCUGGCCAGGACAGAUUCCGAGCUAUCGUGUCUUCUUUCUACCGAGGGGCCAAUGGUCUGAUCAUUGUCUUUGAUGUGUGUGACCUCACCAGCUUCGAGCGUGUCCCUUACUGGAUUGAUGAAGCUAGCCGAUAUGGUGACCCGAGCUGCAUCAAACUGUUGGUCGGAAACAAGGUGGACAAAGUCAAUGACAGACAAGUGACCAGUGCUCUAGCUCAGUCAUUGGCGGAUCAAUUCGGCAUGCAGUAUAUAGAGACCAGCGCCAAAGAGGCCCACAACGUCCAUGCAGUGUUUGACGUCAUGGCGGACACCAUCGUCAGGUCCAAGAGGCAGCUCAACUACGUCAUGGCGCCCGACGUCAUGACCCAGUCGUUCAGGCUGGACUCCAAAGACGUGACCCCCGUUUAUUCCUGCUACACUGGUAGUGGCUAUUGCUACUGACCAGAUAUGUGCAACUGAUAGGCUAUGUAAUAUUGACCUGAAAUGUUCUACUGGCCAUUGCUGUUUGACUGAAAUCUGUUCUCUGACGUAAUAUGUCCUGUUGACGUAGUCAAUGUUCUACUGAUGUAAUAAGUCCUACUGACGUAAGAUGUUAUGCUGACGUAAUAUGACCUGCUGACGUAGCCAAUGUUCUACUGAUGUAAUAAGUCCUACUGACGUAAGAUGUUAUGCUGACGUAAUGUGACCUGCUGACGUAGCCAUUGUUCUACUGAUGUAAUAAGUUCUUCAGACGUAAUAUGUUCUACUGACGUAAGAUGUUAUGCUGACGUAAUAUGACCUGCUGACGUAGCCAUUGUUCUACUGAUGUAAUAAGUUCUACUGACGUAAGAUGUUAUGCUGACGUAAUAUGACCUGCUGACGUAGCCAUUGUUCUACUGAUGUAAUAAGUUCUACUGACGUAAGAUGUUAUGCUGACGUAAUAUGACCUGCUGACGUAGCCAUUGUUCUACUGAUGUAAUAAGUUCUACUGACGUAAGAUGUUAUGCUGACGUAAUAUGACCUGCUGACGUAGCCAUUGUUCUACUGAUGUAAUAAGUUCUACUGACGUAAGAUGUUAUGCUGACGUAAUAUGACCUGCUGACGUAGCCAAAGUUCUACUGACGUAAGAUGUUCCACCGACAUGACAUGAUGACUGUAAAUACUGACAUAUGUUCCACUGACAUGAUAUGAUGACUGUAAAUACUGACAUAUGUUCCACUGACAUGAUAUUAUACUAACGGCAUAAUCUAUACAACAAACUUAUAGAUCCAACUGACAGGAAAUCUGUUAAUUGAACAAGCUAUGUCUAAUACAAACUUUUGACAACAUGUACAGACUAAGGGCACACACAGAAGAGGGAACAAUAGAUGCACUGUUAAUGAAAAAAAAAAAAAAGAUUUUUCUUCAGUGGCGAAACAAACUAUUAUUAGCUAGAUUUUAUUAUGAUGUAUAUUGAAUAUAUGUUUUUUUUUAUACCACUUCCUAAAUGUAAUCAAAAGAUGGGGUUAUUUUUUUUUUGUUUUUUUUUAAUGUUAUGUCUUGUUACGUAAAGAAAUUACAUUGACUAUUUUCCAAUUAAAAAUAAAUGAGGAGGCCAAUAGACAUAUACUGCUGUUGUUGCUUCAAGUAUUAAUGGCGUUAUGCGCUUCCAGGCUGUGUCUGAUACAGACAAAUUAAACGGAGGUAAAAUGGACUUAAAGAAAUCAAAUAACACAGUCAAAAGGCCAACAGUAUAAGAUAGUCGACGCUUAUAUUGAAUGUCGAACAAGAAGUUCAAGAAUAACGAAGGGAACUGUCGAAUGUCGACCAACUAAAUCUCUGCGUUCAUAAAAAGCUGCCUCUCUACGACCGCCAAAAGCUGUUUCUAUUUCGGUAUUCUUUCUCAAAUCCUAGUCUAGUUUUUUAUUAGUCGCGUCACUAUUUACGAAAAAAAAAAAAACUAAUUCAUAAUCGUGGCAUAACAAUGGGCAUUAAUUUUUUUUUAUAUCCCAACAGUAGCGGUGCUACAGUAAUUCUCUGUUUAGGGUGGUCGAGAGUUUUAUGUUUUUUUAUCUUAUCUUAUAUAAUACAGACGUUACUUCAAAAAAGAAGAUGAUUACGUCCUACGCGUCAUGCAUUCAGUCAUGCAUAUUAACCAAUGACUUAAAUUCUGCCAAGUCACUGGUUUUCCUGGCUAGCUCAGGCAACCCAUUCCAUGCUCUAAUAGCACUAGGGAAGAAGGAGUAUUUGUACAAAUUUGUCCUAGCAUAUGGGAUGAAGAGUAAAGCAAGUAAGAUGGUGUACCAUUAGAUUUGUUUGUCCUUACUGAGGGUUUGAAUGAAGCACCCUAGUUCCCCCUUCCCCUGAUGCUAUCUAUUAACUGUUUGAUCCUUAUUUCAUUCAUUCUUUUGUCAUCCCUAACGACAGCAUUCAAAAUACAUUUUUACACAUUAGUUUCUGUUUACUUUUUACUAGCAUCUGUUCAUGGCUGGUCACGAGAGAUGCGAACGUCAAGUUAUCAUUCCUUUUUUCAUAUUAUCUUAUCUUAUAUUAUCUUAUAUAUUACAGCUAUCAAGCGAACUUCUCGACCACUUCCCACUACAAUCUUAUUUUAGGUUACCUUUUAAAAUAUCGUUACACACAAAAUCUACAAUGUCUGUCAUAUAACGUAUAUAAUAUACAUAUUCGCUAUUCGUUUUAUAUUCAUAUGAUAAGUUUGAUAAUCCGAGGUAAAGACAUACAUUCCUUUUUUAAUUCCCCUUUAAGAAAAAGUACAAUCUUUAGAUGUUUGUUGAAUGUUAAAAAAAAUAAUUUCUUCCUUUACACUUUCGCCUUUCAGUUUUAAUGAACAUUUUUGUUUAUAUUUUAUGUUUUAUACAUAAUUUUUUUUUCACUUUGUUUUAAACAUUUAUCUCUACAAUGCAUUUACGUCACGUGAUGGGGGAUUUUACAUAUUAUUUAUUCUUGAACAUUUAGAAUGCACAAAUCAAAUAACAAUUAGCACAUUUUGUAAUGAUUUGAUUCGUUUCUUUGUUCAGAAUAUAUAUCUCGAUAUUUUUGAGUUUGAUUGUCAAAACACUGUUCUAUAUUAUAUAUCAAUUACAACAUUUGUAAAAAAAAAAAAUUAUAAUAAAUUUCAUUUUUUCUAAAUUCA